UUCGUCAAUAUCUAUAACGGCCUAACACCAGCUGCACCAACCGAGGUGUACCCAACUUGCACAAACAUAUUGUUGUAAAACAAAUAAUAAAAUUGAUAAUUUUUUAUUCUGUGUUUAUACCACAUUUAUGUACAUCUGUGGACUUAUCAACUAUCAAGCCGGAAAAUAUGUAAAUAGUAAAUACGAGAAAGAGAUUAGAUAAAAAAAUUCACCAAUUACUUAAUAUUAUUCUGUAUUCACUUCAUGUGUCGAAUACUCGAAUUAAGAUAUACCUUAAAUAUUAAUAUAUAUAUCUCAAUUCGUGUUUGAGAGUUGUGACUUAGUUCUUUAAUAUCUUAUUAGUGCAAUCUUUAGUUAUUUACUUGAAUACGUAUUGUAUUUACGAUUUACUAUUUCAUUUAACGAACAAUUUUCCAACAAUACUUCUUAAAAUGUUUUAUAACGAAUCAUUGAUUUUUCACGGAAUUUCACUAGGUUUUUUCAAUAAAUAGUAGUGGACUUUUAAGAAAUUAAAACAAGUCUUGAGUUUUAGAAUGGAUACUUUGGUGGGGGACAAGCAGCCUAGCGAUACUGUUGAGACAUUGACAAAUGAUGCCAGCAAUGAUGAAAUUUGGGAAAUAAUUGACAAAGAAGAUGACGAGGACCUAAGGAAUUUGUCUGCUGCGGUUUAUGCAUUUAUACUAUUGAUCAUUGGCAUACCACUAUGGUGGCGAAUGACGGAAGUACAACGCCACUCUCUUCCAUAUGCACAGAUCUCGCAAUUGGGUACAAUGGACGUAGUUAUUUCUACAGACAUAUUUGUAUACACUAAAAAUCCAUAUGUAACAGAACGUAUUAUCGAACAAAUUUAUACUACAUUCAAUUCAACUAUGUUCAGUAUCAGUGCUCAUCCUUCUACUUUCAUUAAUUCAGAUGAUCAUACAUUGAAUACACUAGAGAUGGUUAUAACUCCUCUAGGAUCAUUGCAACUAAUUGAAACCACUAGUGUAGAUGAUAUAAUACCUGGUAUUGGUCGUAAUAUUUAUUUUCCUCCCGAUACAGACAUUAAAUUAUUAAUGGACUCAUUAAAAAGACUGUUACAAACAGAUGCAUUGUCUGAUUCAAUGAUAUCAAUGUUAAACCCUGGUAAUCAUUCUGAUGACCAACAAGUAGUAACUGAACGACAGCGUCGAGUUAGACCAUCAUCGGAUUAUAAUGUACUUCUUACUGUUGUAAAUCCGGAACCUGAGAAACUGCAUGUGUCUUGGAAGCCAGAAAUACCUUUAAACCGUUAUCUUCAGCCUUUAUUAGAUCAAUUAAAACUGAUUUCAAACUUUUCUGUGCAAUCUCAAUGGCUUUAUUUAAUCGAUUUGGUUCAAAAGCCCCCAAAAUUGAACACUACAUUUGUAUUAGACAAGAAUCACGCUCAAUACAUAAUUACUCCACUAGAAAAAAAAUUAGGUUCGGGAGUGUCUCGAAAUCCAUGUAUACAUUUUGUUGUAUAUGUUACCCCUUGUUCUUAUAUUCCUUUAUAUUUUCAUGAAAACAAUCAGUUAACUACUGCUAUGAUGUCAGCUCGCUGGGGUGGAGUUCAAUUCUUAAACGCCAACCAGGUGUCAUGCAAUGAAUCAGUAAGCUUCAUACCUGAUGAUCUCAGUAUUAUGACUCCCAUCAUCACACAGUUCCAUUCAUUAAUUGGUGUGCCAAAUAUGUCCAAUUACAUGUCACUAAUGCCAUUAAAAUCUUCUACUCUGCGUAAAUGGCAAUUGGAUUCAAUGUACAGGCUCAAAAUUAUUGAGCAAUACACUAAUACUCGCAUUACUUUAACAUCAUUGUCACGACUUUUGGGUGAAAUCAGCAAUAUUGUGAUAAUUGAAGAAGUUGGAAAAGCAGUAACUGAAUCCGUAGAAGCAGCUACUAAAGUACUUCAAUGUAUAGAAAGAGGGCAAUUGGAAGAAGCAUUGGAAUACAGUAAAAUAGCAUUUGAAACAUCAGAGUUUGCAUUUACUCAUCCAUCAUUAUUGGCAUUGCUCUAUUUUCCGGACGAUCAAAAAUAUGCGGUUUAUAUUCCAUUAUUCUUACCUGUUAUGAUCCCUGUACUAAUGUCUUUGAAAGGAGUUAAAAACUGGAUACAAUUGAAGUACAAAAUCUAAUUUAGUAAUAAUAAUUUAAUGAUAUUGUGUUUAUUUUUUUUUAUUUUAUUACAAUAAAAUGACUGUCUAAAAUUCAA